AUGGAUGAUCGAAUGUCACAGCCGUUCGACGCCCAGGCGCCCCCACCAAUCCGGCGGCAUAAGAUCCGCCGGACGUUUGGGUCUGUGCGAAAAGACAUUCCAGCACGCCACUUCACCGACCCAAUCGUCAGGCUCAACAAAGAUGAAGCCUACGGCAGCAUUGUUCCCUCAGCUGCUUUCUCCAAUCUGUCGCCAAUGUCGAAUGUUUCCACUUUUGAAGUUGACUUGCCUCACGGUACCCCAGUCUUCACUUCGAGCCCUCCAUCCUAUGGCCCCCCUCAAAACCGUUUUACUAUAACCAAACGUAUUUCCGUCGCUCCUUCGGAUCCAACCACAGCCAGCUCGGACAAUGAUACACGAGUGUUUACUGAUGACGACUCAAUGGACUUCCAAAGCGACACUGCAUACGACUCACUGGCUACUCGAGCAACAGCCAGCAGCCAUUCAGGUUUCCGUCAACCGAAAAUAGAAACCAUUUUUGAUGAGAGCUCGGUUCACCAGCCGGCAGCGGAGUCAUCCGCCCUUGAGGAUUUAAUGCAACGGGCCACGUUAGAUGAUGCAAGGUCCAUCCGACGGGAGUCGAGCUAUGGGCAAUCUGCCAGCAUCGGCAUCGGCAUCAGUGGGCUUGAAGAAGCCAACGGCGAAAUACAAAAUCUCAGUCCAGACCAAGCAACCACUCCAGUCAAAAGCCCCAUAGUAGAUGUGGACGAUUUCGUUUUAACGCCUGUUCCGAAAAGACAAUAUCGUCAAGCUAUCGUAUUGAGCUCUUCUCCUUCGACGCAGCUCUUUCCACCACCUCGGGACGUGGAACCGGAACUUCCCCCUAUGAUGGAUGUCGAUGAUGAAGACGACAUCGACUGGUCUCCCAAAUCUGCAAAUGAUACAAACCGGACGACAGUGAUGGAGAUGCCGUCAAGUCCAAUCCAAACUCGAUUCGAGCAGUUGUCGGAAGAUGAUUUUGAUGAACAACAAUCGACAAAGAAAUCUUCCAUUUUCGACUGGUCGGAAUACUCAAAAUUCGGCAGUGACCAGUCAAAUGGAAUCAGCCCUCGACCACAAACCGUGCACGGUAAGCAGGGGAGUCAUGUUGGCAGGAGCCGGCCUUCUGGACGGAAAGGCAACGCAGCCAUGCACCUUCGCAGUCAGAGCGUCCCAGUCGUCAACCGUGACAGUGUCGCGGAAACCGACACACCAUCGUCGGCCACUAAGUUUGGUACGUGGGCUCUGGGCAGCAAGCCUGUCAGCGAAGAAUGGAGCGAUGACUUUGAGUUUGAUGACGGUGAUGUGGUUGAGGAAGCCCCGGGAACGGCAGAGGAGAGCAAAGCCACGAACCGGGAGUCGAUCCGGAGCGUCAAGGUUCCACAAUCUAUCAUGGAUCGGCAGCAAAGCGUCCAUGUACAAUUUGGCCAAGUUCGAGACUUCAUGCUGCUAGUUGAAGAGCUGAAGAGACUGCGCCUUCGCGGUGCCACCCUAGGGCUGCUGGAAAGCCAUUCGCGACAGCUGUGGGAGGAUGCAGGAAGCAUCAUUGAUUUGGCCACAGUGAAUGAGGAUGAUGAUGCUCUCCCGCGGGCACCUUCACCGGUGUCAUCAGAUAUAUUUGGAGACGAAACUCCUCCACCCAAACGGACUUUCGAGGAGGAAGAGGGACGGAUAGCGAGCCGGAGAUCCAUCUCGAGCCCAGCCACACCUCCGCAUGGGCGCCCACGCGGCGAAAGCGUCCAGGCGAAGAAUUUUCUGCAGGCUAUCCACCAGAAUAGAAGAGAAGUCGAAACCUCACCUGCCGCAGGAUCUCUUCGUGGUCGUGGCCGUGAUCGUGAUAAGCUUCCCUUUGACACGCAGGACUUGAGGGACCUGGUGGUGAGGGCAGGCGUGAUCACGAGGGCACUGAAAGAGAUUGUGCGGAAAGCAGAAGGCGUGUCGCUGAGCCCCGAACGGCCAGCGCAGAAGUUCCAGGAGCCGGUAUUCCGGCAGAUAUUUGAACCACCAAACUCGUCACCCAGUCCAGAAUCGAGGAAGCCCGGCCUCCCGAAGAGCAGAAGCGCAAACAGCUACCUCGACACACUGGACGCAUCGGGAGAUUGCGAGAUUCAACAGCCAUUGAAAUUCACCACGGUUGUGGAAGCUAACUGA